AUGCACCCCUCGAUUCUCGACACCAGCAUCAUCGACCUGCUCGAGGCCGAUCCCCGACCGUCGCUCAUUGUCGCGCUCGCCCCGCACUCGCCCACCGUCGUUUACACAAAUCCCGCCUUCGCGAGGUACCCGGCCCUCCUUGACCUGAUUGCCUCCCACGGCGACGACUGCCGGCCCCUGUGGGAAUGGAUCACGGCCAGUUCGGGCUCGCCUGGCCCGGAAGCGACGGAAAGGGGCGGCCGAUCGGCAUGCUCUUUCUCAUACUCAGACAUCUACUGGACCAAAUCGGUCGUGCAUGAACAGAUGGUCGUCAUAGGCGCGAACGAGCAAAUCCCCUUGUCACAACCGCCGUCACAACCGCCGUAUAAGGUGCGGCUCGGCGCAGCAGAUCCGCAACCCAGCAACGGCUCCACUCCAAGGCGCAUCAUGCCCGUCGAAGUAGAUUCAGCGGCCGCCCCUGUCGAGAACCAGGCGCUCUCCCUGCCCCUGUCCGACCCCGACCGCCGCGUAAGGUUCGGGCCGGCUCUCGCACCGGGCUCCUCGCCGACGUCAAACCCCAAGGAGCGACCCCCGUCCCGCGCAGGGGCUGUCCAGUCUCUCGGGCGCUCCAUCUCCGACCCGGGCUGGAUAUUGCCCGACACCACUCCAGAACAACGUCCUUUUCUCGACCACAUUAACAGCGUCGACUGGGCCGCCACGCCGCUCGGGCCCAUGCGUGGCUGGCUUCCGAAGCUGGAGGAGACGGUCAACCAGAUCCUCGUCGACAGCCGCCCCAUCGCCAUCUACUGGGGUCCGUCGUACAUCACCAUCUACAACGAGGCUUUCAGCAAGCUCUGCGGCUCCAAACACCCCGUCAUGCUUGGCAUGCCCGUUCAGGAAGCCUGGGCCGAAGCCGGCCAGCGCCUCAGGGACACAAUGCGCGCCAUCUCUCCCAAUCAAAAAGGCCCCGUGGAGGACGAGUGGAGAUUUUUUGUCGAGAGGGAGCCAGAGGUGGAGGGCGGGCCGCCCUUGCUCGAGGAGACCUAUCUGAAAUGGUCCAUAAUACCGAUUGUCGAGGACAAUGUCUGUCUUGGCUUCAUGCAGCCCGUGGCGGAGACGACAAGCCUGCGGCUGUGGGAGCGCCGCAUGAAGAUGCUGAUCGAUCUCGGCGAAGUGCUCGUCACCGCCAGGGACGUACACAGCUACUGGGGUAUGGCGAUCCAACAGCUGGGCACCGUCGAGCCGCGUUAUGACAUCCCCUUGGCAAUCAUGUACUCGGUCGAGGACGAUCCUGAUGCCACCGCUUCUCCCUCAAGCUCCGGCGGUCCGGCCAAGAUAUGCCGCCUGCAGGGCACACUAGGCGUUCCUGAAAACCACCCGAUUGCCCCGGAUGACGGCACCUGGCCGCCGUCGCUGCUCGAAGGGCUGCAGUGGAGAGGCUUUGAAGGAGACCGCUGCCGGGCUGCCGUGAUCUGCCCGAUCCGGCCAACCAAGGAGGAGGACGCGAUGGGACUCCUGCUGCUCGGCCUCAACCCCCGGCGGCCGUACGACAACGAUUACCGGCAGUACAUUGCUCUGCUGAGCCAGAAGCUGGCCACGUCGCUGGCCUCGGUUGUGCUGCUCGAGGAAGAGGCCAAGAGGGGCCGCAACGCCGCCGAGCAGGCCGCCGUCGACCAGGCCAUGCUCAAGGAAAAGCUCGAGGUGCAGACCAAGGAGGCGAACGAGUCGAUGCAGAUGUUCGAGACCGUUGCCGAGUUCGUCCCCGUCGGCAUGUGCUUCGGCGACCCCGAGGGCAACAUCACGUACGCCAACGACGCCUGGUACAGGAUCACGGGCUAUCCCGGCGCGGGCCGGCCCAUCGCCAACCAGGGAUUCCUGGCCUGCGUCUUGGAGGAGGAUCGGCCGAAGUUCAUCGCCGAGUACGAGAAGCUCAAGACGACCGGCAACGUCGAGUUCGAGUUCCGCGUGAAGCGCCAAGCCAAUGCGGCCAGUCCGGUGCUGUCCGGCCCCUUGUCCCGCACCUCGCCGAGCUUUGAGAAAGCAGGAUUCGAUCUGUCCUCGCUGGAGAACCCGAAGGAGCGCCAUGUGCUGGCCACCGCGAGGGCCGAGUACGCCAAUGGCAGCGUCAUCCGCGUCUUAACUUGUCUGACGGACGUGACGGCGCACCGGCGCGCUGCGGAAGAGGCCGUCCGGCGAGCGCAGCAGGCUGAGAACCUCAAGCGAAUGGCCGAGUUUGCGACGGUCGGCAUGUACGACAUGGACCUCGACGGGCGGCUGAUUGGGGCCAACAAGGUCUUCUUUGAGAUGUGCGGGCUGGAAAAGGUCGACCCGGCCGAGGUCGACCUCAGGCCGUUCGAGAUCUGCGUCUGCAAGGAGGACCUGCCCCUGCUCACCGAGAAGCUCGAGAAGAUGGUGCGGGAAGACAAGGUGCAGAACGUCGAGGUCCGGCUCAACACCACCUGGACCCCCGAGGACGGCCCGGGCCAUAAGGUUGUCGUGCCGAGGUGGGUGCAGGCGACUCUGAUGCCCGUCAGGACGACCGAGGGCGUUGUGCAGAGCUUCACCGGCUGCCUGAGCGACGUCUCCCUGCAGAAGUGGCAGCUGGACUGGGAGAAAGAACGGAAAGAGGAAGCGAUCGAGUCCAAGCGCCAGCAGGAGAACUUCAUCGACAUGACGUCCCACGAGAUGCGGAAUCCGCUGAGCGCCAUCAUUCACUGUGCCGAUGCCAUCACGGCCACUCUCUCACGUGUCCAACAGCUCCUGGGAGGUGGUGUGUCGUAUUGGGCUGACAAGCGGGACGCGGGGUCCUCUUCAGGAGCAAAUGCGAGCCAAGAGUGGCUUGCCGAAGCGCGCGGGCUGGUUGAAAACGCCAUCGACACCGCCGAAACGAUCCUGGGCUGUGCGCAGCAUCAGAAGCGGAUCGUGGACGAUAUCCUGACCAUGUCGAAGCUGGACUCCAGCCUGCUGUCGAUCACGCGUGUCACGGUCGACCCUAUCAAGAUGGUGAAGGAGGCGCUCAAGAUGUUCGAGGUUGAGGCCCGGCGGGUGGAUAUCAACCUCAGCAUGGUAGUUGACUCGUCCUACCACGACCUCAACAUCAAGUUUCUGGACUUCGACCCCUCGCGGCUGAAGCAGGUGCUCAUCAACCUGCUCACGAACGCGCUCAAGUUCACCAAGACCGGCCCGAUGCGGAACGUGACGGUUGCCGUCAGUGCAAGCCUCGUGCCGCCGACCGAGGCCACGAGCAAGGUUCAGUUUAUUCCGCGCUCGCCCGAGUCCGUCGAGCAGACGAUCCCUUCCAACCGCGCCGACACCGUGUUCCUGUUAUUCGAGGUUGAAGAUACGGGCGAGGGCCUGACAGAGGAGGAGAAGAAGAGCCUGUUCCAGCGGUUCGUCCAGGCGUCAAGUCGCACACACGUCAAGUACGGCGGCUCCGGCCUGGGCCUGUUCAUCAGCCGCCGGUUGACCGAGCUGCAGAACGGCUCGAUCGGCGUGGCCAGCCAGCCCGGCGUCGGCAGUACCUUUGCGUUUUACAUUGAGGCGUACCGGCCGAACGAGGCGGCCUUCCGCGAAGCCGAGGCCGCCGGGGCCAGCGCGCAGUCAGCACUGUCCAUGCAACGGGCGGGACCCAGCCUGAGCCGGAGGGGCAGCCACAAAACGCGGGCUGGAAGCAACAGCACGCUUGACAACGAGUCGGGCAAAGGCACCACGAGCGCGGGAAGCAGCUCGGGGGCCAGCCCUAUCGCCACGGCGGCCGUCACGCCGAGCAGCGAGAUCAACAUCAGCCUCAGCCCGACGCUGGCGCCGCCCGCGCCGCAGAUCAAGGGCGUGCUCCUGCGCCGCACAGACCGCUACCGCCUUCCCGUCCCGGCGCCCUUUGCAUCAUCAUCAUCAUCAUCACAAUCCUCCUCCACCUCCUCCAACCCCCUCUCCUCCACCUCCUCCUCCUCAUCAUCCACCACAACCCAACAACCACAACAACCACAACAAGAAGAAGACGAAAAACAACAUCAGCACACCGCCCCCUUCCCGCUCUCCAUGAUCCUCAUGGACAUCGAGAUGCCGAUCCAGGACGGGCUGACAUGCACGCGCAACAUCCGCGAGCUCGAGCGGGCGGGCCGCAUCGCCGGCGGGCGCAUCCCUAUCAUCGCGGUCAGCGCCAACGCGCGCAUGGAGCAGGUCCGCGAGGCGAAGGAGGCCGGCUGCGACGACGUGCUCGUCAAGCCGUACCGCAUGCCCGAGCUGCUAGAGCGCAUGAGGCUUGUCAUGAGCCGGGUGGUGGUGGAUGCCGGCUUGGAUGGUGGGGAGGCUGGUAGCGUGGGAGAGGGAGAGGGGAUAUCUGACGGAGAGGGAGAGCAGAAGGCGGACGGAAAGGGAGAGGAGAAGGGGAAGGGGGAGAACGGGGAGUGA